UGGACGGCGAGCCGCCUCCUAAUAUCCUAUCCUAUCUAAUUGGAGGACUAGUAGCUACUCCUCUCUGCUCGGAGCUUCCUUAAGCCGUUUUUACCUUGGUUUCUUGCACAAAUAAAUGGCCUCGUCUCUCCGUUUGCUGCAGCUGCUCCGGGAUACUUUUUCUGAGAAGUCUUAGUUCGUUGUAGUAAUAAAAAGAGAGUGAAUUAUGGUGCGAACAAUGGUCGAGAGUGAGGCUUUUAUUUAAACAAGGAUGUUGAGGCACGGACGUGAUAUCGAGAGUGCUGGGAGCGCUCGUAACACUCCCUCAGACGAUGCCACUCCCUCAGACGAAGGCACUCCCUCAGAACAGGGCUCUCCCUCAGACGAGUGUGGAGGAUCUCCCGGCAAAGAUGCUGAGGCGCAAGCCCUGCCCCGAAGGAAGCACGUUUCCGGAAAGGAGCAAAGGGGCUUACGGCUUGUAGUCUAGAAGUGGUAUCCAGUAUUGCUAUUGCUGCUUCAAUGAUUGGAGAUACACACAUGAACUAGAACUUCUUGAAUUAUAUCAUGAUUGAUGCAGAUGCUACGGAGACUCGACGGAAGUCCACAUUAUACUUACAAAUUUACUCCAUAGAAGUACUGACUUUGAAAAGUCCUAGGUAAGUCGCAUUAUAUCACGAUUGAUCUGUCACCAUCCAAGCAAAAGGACCUAAACUUUCCAAGUACUUAGAUAGUCCGAAGAUAGUAUUGCACUGAUCUUUUUUUACUCGAUGAAGAGAACUGCCUACUUUUCUAAGAUAGAAGGGCUCUGCUUGUUCUCCCGGUCCCGCGCCGUCAACAGACAAAGGCGGCAAUCAAGCUGGCAAAAAGAACCAUCCUCGUGCUACUGCCGAGGACAGACGGCGCCGUGCGUGUUCAUGGUGUCAGGUUUUCGCUGCAGUAACCACUGUGGGACUUCUCUUGUCGGUGUGCUUCUACUUCUACUUAUGGAGGUUACUGCUGAUAUUUUUAUACCUACAGGUACACAGGUCCCUAUAUUUUCGUUUACAUACAUUUUCUUUGUUGUAAGUGGUUUGUCACCUUUAUCAUCUUUUACAUUUGUUUCCCUCAUAGAAUUAUAAUGGUGGAGUUGUAAAGUCAUCCAGGACGAAGUGGCUAGAAGAGAGUGAAAACUCAAUAAAACCAAAAGCUGAAGCUCGAAUUCUCUACAAGCGUGAUGCUGUUGCGUUCGCAGUGUUUGACUAUUGUUGGUCGUGCGCGACUGGAGCUACGGCUACCGUACUCGAUUUACUGCCUGCAACAGCCUUUCCUGGUUUUGUACUGGAGUUUCUCGAUCAGAGCAAGACGUCACGACCAGGAGAAGGGUGUUUUUGCGAUGUGGAGCCGACCGCGAGCAGUGCGCUGGAGUCAUCCUGUUGCGGGUCCACAAAUGAAGGUACUAAUUAUAGAGAUUGUUGAAAAGUCGUCUUUAAAACCUCCAGAGUUUGUAUGAGAAAGAACAGAUAUACUGUCAAGAAUAGAUGACAGCAUGAUAUUUAUCUUUCUUAUCAACGACGAUUCGUCGAACUCGGACUGUGGUACGAGUUUGCCCGUGGAGGUAAAAUUUUUUUACACGUCGUCCAAUGAAUUGUUUAUUCAUAUAUAGUAGUAGUACUCGAAAAGGUACGAGUGGUACAAGAACUUGUCGUGGAAACAACUGGGUCAUGGGGUAAACUACACCUUAACAUGCAUUCAUAUUUAUAUAGCACUUCUUAUUCAUAUUUCUUACUCUUAGUGCUUGAUCUUGUUCUUGUUCCUCCGAUGAACUACUAGUAUUUUACGUGAUAAAUCUUCUUCAGGACCACAGAGACCACGUGUAUCAUCUUCUGCUUCUUCGGAUCUCGUGAGUCCUAUAGAGGACACUCCCCCAGGUGGAGCACAACCUGCUGCUGCUCCUAGUAGAGCUGCUGCUGAUGGUGGUGGUAGUGGCAGUGCUCCUACAACUUCUGAUGGCGGUUCUCCUCAAGCAUCUACUGAAGCUCUUGGUGGUUCUACUGAAGCUCUUGGUGGUGAUAGUGCUACUGCAGCUUUUCGUGAUAGUUCCACCUCCGGCCCUGGGGCUGCUUCUGGUAGUAAGGACUUAAGGGUAGGUUAAAGGUGUUCUUGUUACCGUUUGUUAUGGCUCUCCUAAGGGAGACAGGCAUAACAAAAACAAACGGGGAGGUAAACGAACACCAAAAACCUACCUCUAAAGGACGCUGCUGGUGGUGGCGAUAGUCGGGCUGUUCAACCACCCCACGAUGGUAGUAUUAAGGAUGUUGCUGGUGGUGGCGAUAGUCAACUACCUGAUACCCCAGAUGCUCUCAAGCGGGCUCUUGCGGCUGACAAUUCUGGCAAAGCCGUGCUCGUGAGCAACACCAAACUAGCAGGGAAAUUGCGACUCGUGUCGCGUUUUUUUUCUUGUUCCGACAGGAUUCCACGUGCUGCGCCCAUGAGGGUUUUUGCGCUUUUGUGGAUGUCCCCCGCGCGCGACCUCAGUGAAUCCGACUUCGAGGAGUUUCGGCAUGUGUGUUGCGAUAUGAAUCCACGUUCUUCUGGCGCUCCCAAUGGCCGCUGCCCGAAGGAUGCCUAUCUGGUCAACGAGCUCCACCCGGUAUCGGCGGACGCAGUCUUGAAGUAUCCACUCGCUCAGCAGCAUGGUCAACAAGAAUUUGCAGAGGUGACUUUCGCGGAAAGCCCUCCUCUGUCCGUUCUGCCAGGUCAAGGCUCUGCUGAUGAGAUCACUGUAGUGGUAAAAGGAGCCACCAAGGAGGCAGCGGCGCUGCUGCGAAUAGACGAAGGCGCCACGCUGGAAGUCAAGCUAUCGGAUCUGAGGCUUGGUCGUGCUCCUCCUAGCGAUAGCGAGCUCUCAAAGGACGACUCAGAUACCAACUGGCCUCCCGUUUUUGUAAGGGACUCGAAAUGGCUUCCCCCGAAUUGCAUCCCGAACCCACAGAAAACUUGCCAGUGGAGUGUCCAGGUUAAGGCCGAUCAAUUUUUGUUGGCGUUGACAUUAAGAAAGUGCGGACGUAGCUGCCUGGCACGCAAGUAAAAUUUGUGCCAGUAGAAAAGUGACAAGCACUACGACGGGCUUUCGGCCUGACACAUCUUGAAGAGUGCUGCAGCUGUGAUCUGCGAAGCGCUUGCGCGGAUGAACAUUUCUUUGUGACCUUCCUCUAAUAAUGACGGCGAGCCGAACCCCCUUCACAAAUUCGCUGGAAACGUUUUAUAUGGCCUCCUCGAUAAUUCAUUAUCCAGCAUCUCCAUAACGAAGAUCCCUCAGCCGUAUCUACGCGCCUCCAACUACAAGGGAGACACUGUUGAGGCAUAGACCUGAGGGAUCUCCACGACAGGGAUGAACUACGUGGAGUGGUCUAAUUUUUGUGUAGUGGUCCCCAGCUUGGGCUUUCCAGACUAAUGCAGGUGGUCGUUCCAACAUUAGAAAAGACAUUUCCGAAUCGCCUCGGCAAUAUGUUAUUUCCCCUGGAGGGGGCGAAAGCGGAUGCAUCCAUUCGUUGCGAGGUAAUAACGAAGGGCUUUGUCAAUAAAAACCUGCUUGGGCCUGCCCUGGACGUUACGGAUAUAACGGGAUAUUUCUAUAGGCAUAUCGAUUAUUUCUAUGCAUAGACAUAGUUCACUCCUUCUUCGCACUAUAUGCUUCUUCGCACUAAUAAGUAUGCUCAAAGCACAAAAGUAGAGCAACCGGUCAGUUUUCCCUCUACCCUUAGACUUAUCUCUUCACGCAAACUGUAAUAUGCUGCUCAUCCUCAUCCCUUCCAUGUAUAUAGGCGUUUUCGAAUCAAGCACGCUCUUCACGACAGUAUUGAAUUCGAAUCAAGCCCAUUUUUAGCUUAUCUCUAGCUAGUACCUUGCAUCUCUCUUCUAGACCUAGAGGAGGAGUAGAUCCUGCAACUUUGUUCGACGAUCCUGCAACCUUGACACGUACAAGAUGGAUCGUCAACGGCUGGAUCCACGCACUCGCUCUAAUGUGACAACGCCAAAGUCGAAUAACAAGGUCCGUGACUGGUUUGCUAGUCAAAGUUGGUCGAAGCAAGGUGUUCCUAGCUGGUCGAACUCCGAUGAGGACGAUGCCACGGUGUGCUGUGUGAAUGGUAUCUACGUACUUAUUGUUAUUUUUGUUCUUUUUUUCUUUUCUUUAUUUCUUGGGAUUUUUAUUGGCUUCUUCCCUUUUUAUAGGGUCGAGGUUUAGGUCCAGCGGCGCUCAAAGCACUAAAUAAAACAGCCGGUUCGUUUUUACCUCUAGCGCGUAGCCCUUCCAACAAUGUAUUUGGGAUUUUUAUUCUUUUCCCAUAUUUAUAACGAACGCAUUUCGUCGUUUUAUUCAUUUAUUUCGAUUAAUCUCGUCAAGAAUGUGUUUCAUCUUCUGGUGGUGCUGAGAGCUGAUCGCGUAUCCAUCUAACCACAGCUAAAGCAGAAGAAGAACGACAGCAGCUCCAGAAAAAAACGGCAGAGGCGAAUGCGUUGCAGUGUGUGCCGAUCCAAGAUACUUGCAAGGUGGCUAUUGAAGUGGCAGACAAUUUAAGUGGAGGCUUUACUAGGUGCUCCUGUCUCUGUUGCCGUUAGUUUUCCCUUUCUUAAGGAGGAAGGGCAUAGCCAACGGGGUAGGCUCCCGCAAGUAAAAAAUCCUACCGCUAAACGAAGGACGUCCUGCAACUAUCCAAAAAGAGGUCGGGGAGUUCGUGUGCAGAAAGAGCUCUGCUGUGAUGCAGGAUCGUGAGCAGCUACAGCGUGACGGUAUCUCCGAUUGUAAGGGUAUUACGCGGAAGCUCAUCACCUCCAAAAACAGCAUCAAGAGCGGUCAACCUGCGUGGGAAAGAGCUUUGGAAACCGAGUUGAAGGAUAAUUUAGUCUUGCCAGAUAUCCUCAACUGGAUUGGCAGAGAAAACCCAGAGGAGUCUUGCUGCGAAGCUACACGCAAAGGUGUGGAAUUAUAUUUAGUACUGAGGUGCUUGUAGAAGUUUUUCUUGUUUGCAUUUUUUAUAAAAGCUGCGAGUGGUAGCCAUUACAUAUUUAUAUGUUGCUUAUUUUUUUGUUCCAAAAGACGGCAACAUUGAGCCACACCAUGAUGAUGCUCAAUAAGAGGGACCGCGACCAGUUGUAGCAGUUUUUGGUACAAAAAGAAAAACAGCUAGAACGCGGCGGGCUACAUUAUCUAUCAUUGAUCUUUCCCCCCCCAUCUUUCACCAGCCAUUGCGCAACGGGCGAUACGGUUAUCGAAGUGCUUCCCUACCAAGCAGUGCGAGUGGUCGUGGAAGACCAAAAAUGACGCGUAUACAACAAGGAAUGGGCCAGCAGGAGCUGCCUUGUGUGGUCAGAUGGACCCCGUCCUCGGUGACAAAGUCGCUACAGCACUUUUCGGUGACGUGGAGGACUUGACCUACAUGACAGAACCAAAGUUACGGGUAGGUUAAAGGUGUUCCUGUUACCGUUCGUUUUGCCUCUCUGAAGGGGGAAAGGCAUAGCGAACAGGGUAAAAGAACACCAAAAGCCUACCUCUAGCAAAGGACUUCGCGUGCAGUGGCGUAAUUACCAGGGUUAUGGCAUGUUGUUCAAGUUUCCCACGAGGACGAGCGAAAAAGUAGUAGAGCGAACUCCUUGAUGAAUAUAUCAUGUUACGUAAGUAUGCGUAUGCUUAUCUAUAUUAAUGUUGUCCUUCUAGUAAGGUAAUAAAAAUAGAACUCGUACGUCAGGUGGUGCGGAUUGUCAUUACUACCUUGACUUUUCUAAUGCGUGCGUCCUGCGUGAUGAGGAGAGGAUGAGAGGAAUCGCUAAGGCACUCGGCUGGCAGGGUCUGCCACAGUGGAGGAAUGCGGAGAUUGAUAAGACCGCCUGUUGCAUGUCUGAAAAUGAAAGUAUUACAAAUAUUAAUAUUUGCAUUUGGCGAAUGCAACUUCAUCUACUGUAGUUCAAUAGAAAUAACUACAAAUAUGUUAGAUCACUUUAUUUGAAAUAAUUGUUGUAGAAGUACAAAAAACCCAAUCAUAUUUAUGUUCAUACAAAGUUACUAGAAGUACAACUGUAUGUAGUUCUAAGGCGGGCCUAAUACAAAUUCAUUAUCUUAAACUCUGGAGGUGGAACUUCCUGGAAGUGGAGUUACUGCGUUUACCUUGAAUACUUCCUGAAGAAUAAAACUACUGUCUUCAUCACAUCUUGUUCAGAGGGCUUUUUCGACUGGCUAGAAGUGUCGAAAACCUGCGUACCACUUGAGAGCGUGGAGGCUUGCAAGAUGAAAAGGACAGAGGGAACGUUUUUUUUCCCAGCCGCCGACUUGUGUGACGCUAGGCGGAGUCCUUUUUAAGGCGAACUUCCCCUAAUCCAUCUCUUCGGCUAUCCCUCAACCGUAUGCACCCCAAAGCAAAGGGAAUGCUGAGGCAUAUCCUUGAGGGAUUGCCACUGGGAUAGACUGGGGAGAGGUCUAAAGAACUGGUGAGGGUUGGUACGUCCCGGACAAGUACGAUCCGCCACGACUUCCCACAAAACUUUUUGGCAUUGACAGCGGAAUCUCUGGCGACAUAAGCUGCAGUACGAUUACCAGGGUUAUGCUAAGUCAGUACUUAAAUAAUAUCAUUACCGGAGGCUUUGCACAGGGCUCCUGCCUAUGGGGUUGACGGGAUGACGAUAGCGCAGGCGCUUAAAUAAUUGGGUUUAGCUAACAAGUACAAGAGGAUACUUGAUGAUGAUAGCUGCCCUUUUCUCUUUUCUGUCUUCCUCUGGUCUUUCUUUUUUCUAGUUAGGUCUGCUCCACCACGAUCAUCGCCAGGGUUAUGCUAAAAACUAUCUCUAUUUAAUAUCAUUACCAGGGUGAUGCUAAAAAUUAUCGAUAUUUAAUAUCAUUACGACCAGGGUGAUGUUGAAAAUUAUCACUAUUUGAUAUCAUUACCAGGGUGAUGCUAAAAAUAAUCAAUAUUUGAUAUCAUUACCGGGGUGAUGCUAAAAAUUAUCACUAUUUGAUAUCAUUACCUGGGUUAUGCUAAAAAUUAUCACUAUUUGAUAUCAUUACCUCCCGGGCCAGGGUGGCGUUAAAAAUUAUUAUUAUUUAAUAUCAUUUUCAUUUAUUCUUCUUUUUUAGUUUUUUCCUACUUAGUUAGUUUUGGGGUUGGUGGCUUCUCUGCAGGUCCAACUGGCUUGGGUAUUGCCAUUUUUUCACUCCUGUCCUGCCCCUUACAUUUACUAUAUAUUUCAUCGUUAUCGUAGACUUAUCCCUUCAAGCAAUAUAUAUGUAUAAAUAUUUCUUUUUUUCUCAUACACAUUAUUCCUCAUUCGUUCGUGCCAGUAUUCUCGUUCUUGUGGCUUAACUUCGCAUGACGCCUGUGCUCCUCUUCAAUAGUACUUACUACUACUUCUAGUCUUUAGUAGUCUACUCUCCUCACUAAUCACUAGCGCCGCCUUAAUAUCUUCAUUUCUUCUUUUUUGGUUUCUAGGUGGUUGGCUCCACCUCCACUAUUAUUUUUUAUUGUCAUUUUCAGCACAAGAUCCGCCCAGUUCUUCUAUCUGUAGCACCAGCACAGUAUCUUUGGUGAUGUGAGGUUGUACUUGAAUCGACCAUAGAAUGAACGAGUACCCUCCAUGACACCCCUUCUAAAAAGAGUUUCCUUGGGAAGAAUUUCCACGUCCUUCAAGAAGUCAUCAACCGGCACUAUAGCAAGAGCGAUCAGUGGGUACAGGAGGUGCUGGAAGGCAACGAUGAUACAGCUUGCUGCAAAAGCACCGAUGAAGGUAUAAGUAACCGAUUUUAAUAGCACCUUAUGUGUCUUUUCAUAUUAGCGCGUCUCAUUUAUUUAUAGAUGAUGAGAUAGCAUACGCUUAGCAUUCUUACUUCAAAAAAUUACUCCUCGACCAGCACGAAGUUCGAAGUUUGCAUGACUUGUUAAAUUAAGUUAUCUUUCAUCUCCAACCACUACCCCAGUGGACAAACAAGAGAGAUGGGCGGCCGAAGAAAAGGAACGCCAAGAACAAGCUAAGGCGAAUCGACACGCAGAGGACACCACUGCAUUGCAGUGCGUGCCGAUCGCAGGCAGCUGUAUGGUCGCGUCCCGACGUGAGGAUCAUAUCGAUAUUCAGUAUGUUAAGGCUACUUUACCACUAUACCAUUUAUUGCACCAUGAAGAUGGUGAGUAGAGUGCUGCCCUUAGAUUUAAAGAAAGAACCAAGGCGGAGAAAGAAGGGCAACCCACUCAACAAGGGAAAAUCCAUCUACCUUUAAUCACGACAAAAUACGCAUAAUCGAUGGUAACAGAGAAGCAGGGGAAUUUUUCUGCAAGAGGGGCUCUCCGGUGAUGCAGAAGAAGCCCCAUGGUAUUCAGGACUGUGCAAGCAUCACGCGAAACCUGAUAGACGAAGUGAGUAAACAGAAUCCACCUGCUGACAGCGCAUGGGCAGAGGCUUUCGAACAAGCAGCGGAACACAGGGACAAUGUGUGGAAACUUAUUUACCAUCCGGGCCACGGAAUCAGGUGGGACCGGAAGAGGCAGGGGCAGAAUGAAAAUGAGCCCUGCUGCGAGGAGAGCCCAUCAAUUAGUAUCAUCUUCUUUGUGAUGAGUAUCGUGUUGUAGAAGUUUGUUGUAGUUUUCAUCUCGAUGCUGCUCUUGUGCUCUCUUCUAGAGUGUUCUCAUGGAAAGUCUUUCAUCGAGUAAUCCAAAAUGAAUAUUUCAAGUACAAAUGAAUCUACAACAUGGAAUCAUGGUAUUGGUAAAUCGAUCGUAUCAAAUAUAUCGACUUAAAAAUCACAGGUGAGCCAUAUCGGCUGCAUUGAGGGAGAUAUGCCUUUUCAAGACUGGGACUAUCAUGAUCGGCCAUGAGACAGGCUCGAGCUACAGGCCUGAGGCGAAGUAUCUCGGAUGGGCGUCAACUCAAGUAUGUGAGGAGAUGAGCAAAGGUACUGAUGAGCCUUAGUCUCGAGGGGUGGCAUGGUGAUAUCUCGGGUGGACGAGAUGAAAUAAACACUAUCUAUCAUAUUAUUUAUAAGCUUUAUCUUCUAAAAAGUAAGUUAUAGAGCACAAAGAAAUCCGGCGGGAUCGUAUGCGUCGCCCGGAGCGCAUCAAAACAAACAAACAAAGUUAUCCAACGUCUUCCCCUGAGAUGUCGUAACUUGUACAAGAUGGACAACGUUCAUCAAGAUCAUGAUGCAAGUCAGUGAGCACAGAAGUGAUCAGUUGUAAGUAAGCUCCUCCUGAACAAGGUGCGAAUAGAAUAGAUUGGAUCGGUGUCAUCUAUGUGAGGAGUAUUAUGCUGUGACUUGGUGCUCACCGCUAAUGCUGUUCUCGCUUCUAGACAGGUGAUGGUUGAGUUAUUGUGUAAUGGGCGACCUUGUACAAUUUACGACGACACUGACUACAAGUAUGCUAUACGAGGACCCAACUACUAUCGGAGAACAGCUCCUACUUGUCGACAAAUGGCCACUGAGUAUUAAGCUGAAAAUGACCACUCAGUGACCACUGUGGCGACAAAUGGCCACUCAGUGACUGAAUAAGCUGAUAAUGCCAUGAUCACCAUCUACAGCUAACAACCCCAUGACCAGUGCUGCUAAAAAUGCCGUAAGUGCGCCACAAUAAAGGUGAGCUAGUACACCUUGAGACCUCACUUACUGGCUCUACAGGAGCCAUGACAAGGUGAAUUAGUCGCUUUCUUGUGUUUUGAAACUUGUACAAGACAGAGAAUGUUCAUCAAGAUCAUGUAACAAGUAGGAGUAAUACGAGCUAUAGAUGAUCGACGCGCCGUCUCUGGAUCACCCUGCUAUUUCUCGUCAGGAGCAUGCUUAUCAAGGUGUCGAUUUUGGGUUCUUGCAGGAUGGAUAAGGAAGAGGACGCAGAAACCAAAAAAGAAGUAAAAG